GUAAUGCUUUUGUUUCUAUACUAAUGUUUAUUUUAUGAUUUAGUGAAAAUGUGUUUUAGGCUUUUUCUUCUUCCCAACCACAUUAUUACAGAAAUGCUACAAUUAUAAUCUUCUACUUAUUUUUUUCAUAGAUUCAUUAUGGGAAAGUAUAAUGAAGUGGUUAUCCCUGUUUUGUAGGAGGGAAAGGAUGUUUACAAAUAAUUAAAAUUAUUAAGUGCCUGAUGCAAGGAUUAUUUUGUGCCUGCUAUCAUUAUAGUGACAAAGGACUUUUUUCUCUAAGUUUCAUUAUUCUUUAAUGAUGUAAGAGUGCAGUGUGUUUAAGGUAAGAAACUAUAAGGAAUAUAUCUAACCAGACACUGAGGAAGAAAUUGAUUAGAAACUGGAAUAUGUUUUUACAGAUAAAGAUUUUCUUGGCCGAUACCGAUAGCCAGUGAUUAACCAGCCAUAUCAGCCAAUGCUAAUCUGAUAACCAAUAUUUAGUAAUAAUGCAAGGCAUUUUAAACUACUGACAUUUUUGUUUUGUUUUGCCUUUCUCACACCCCUCCCCCCCCGCCUGUUCUAUCCCUCGAUGAGGAAGACAGUGGCCACCUUAUUCCUAUGCAUAUCUCCCCCUUGCCUAUGGCUCCUACCUGCAGCCCUGCUCCCCAUAGAGCCCCUGCUGCGGUCCUGGGCAGGCAGAGUGGAUCCUCAUGUGAACAGUGGUGCCAGGCACAUUUAGAGCCCCAGAGCACACUGCUGCUUCAGUGCUGGUGAGUCCCACACAGCCAAGCUCCUGCAGCCACCAGGGAGAAGUCGCUUUUGCAAAGGUACCCAGUGCCUGGUGGAAAGGAAUAUUCCUUUUGUAGCACCCUACCCUGCCCAUGCACCCCCUCCCCCUCCUGCUGCUCUUCAGGACCUGUAGUCUUCCACAGGCUUGAGCCAGCAGUGAGGUGCAGGGACCAAACUACACGCGCUAGAGUGCUCUGGGCAUGCAGUCCUAAUUAUCGGCUACAACAAUCAAAAAAAGAUGAUAGCCAAUAAUAUCAUUUCUCCUUUUAUCAGUGCCAAUUCGAUGGCCAACCAAUAUAUCGGGGCAUGCCUAGUUUUUUACCAUAUGUCUAAAUGAAGAUAAAAGUUCAUACAUUCAUAGAUUCAUAGACUGUAAGGCUGGAAGGGACCUCAGUAGAUUAUCGGGUCCAGCCCCCUGCACCAAGCAAGAAAGACAACUGUGGUCGAAUGACCCCAGCGAAGUGACUGUCCAGUAUCCUCAUGAAGAUUUCCAGGGUAGGUGAUUGCACCACCUCUGGAGGGAACUUACUCCACAGUCUGGACACCCUGACUAUGAAAGUUUUUCCUAAUGUUGAGUCUGAGUUCAUUCAAAUCAGUUUCUCAUUUAUCUUUCACAUGUUAAAGAAGUAUUUCAAAAUAUUGUAAUGGAUACCAUUAACAUACUAUAUAAAUUCUAAAACAUCUUUAAUUUGGGAUUAUUAUAUGAAAAAGAAUGAGACAAAUGAAUUGUGUUCAAAAAAGUUUUUUCAUGGUAGACAAUUGCCCUGAGAACAGUGCAUUUUUUUAAAAGGUAGUAAUGGCUAACAAGACUAUAUUUUUGGAAUCCUUGUCUUUAUGGCUCAAGACUGUAUGCGAGUUCUAAAAAUGCUGAAAGGAUGUUAAUCUGCUAGAAAACAGAAUUAGAAUUAGAAACAAAAUAAAUAAAUAUAUUUUGCACCAGAUAGGAGAUUUCAUAGGUAUCUGUGACGAGUGUAGGUGUUAUAGGGCUUGCUGCCACUGCCCUGAGCUCAUUUUCCUACAGGCGGUGACAGGGUGGACAUCGGCUUCGGAUCACCUGGUCUGCCAGGAAGUUGGUCUUAUGUUUCUUGCCUGCCAUGACUUUGAUGACAUUAUAUUGCUAGGAGGCAAUGGCCAAGGUGAUCCUACCCGGUCUCAAUCCCUGUUUUCUUCUCUGGGGCUCCAAACCUCCCCGUUAUCCUACCUUAGCCUCUCCAGAUGGCAUUCGUAGUUCUCUGCAGCCAGAUCUUAAUGCUGCCAGUUGGUCUGUUGUUCUGACCUCUGCCACCAGGGUGACCGUCAGCUUUAGUUAGGUGCACACCCCUCCAGGGGCUGGCCUUGGCCUGCACUCAAAUAUCCAAAAAAAAAAAAAAAGAAAGCAAAACCUGACUGCUCUCAGUCUCUUUGUCAGACUCGGUCCAUGUCCCCUUCACCUAGGGUCAGGCUCUCAUGUCCCAGUCACAACAAAAAAAACCCCAGUUAAUCCAGUCACUGUUCUGCACAGGCCUGCCCUGGCUUACUCGUGAGCAUUCACAGUCCCAAUGGGAUCUCUCCCACGUGCAGCAAGGCUCUAACCUCAAAACAACAAUCCUUCUGGCCUCUCCCCCGGAUCCUCAGCUGUCGCUCCACUCCAGGGAUUAUCAAAAGCCUUGUGUGUGCCGGCCUCCACCUGCUUCCUUCUCUGGGUCACACUCACAGUGUUUCUUUGGCAGGUUUUGCAACACUUGCCUGCUGGGAUGCUCAGCUCUUCUUCUCUCUGCAGCUGGCAGGGAAUCAACCCCAUUCUGCCCCUCUCCAGGACUGGAAAUACCUCUGAGCAGCCUCCCUUCUCCAGUCUGGAGCAAGAUGCUGCUCCGGAAGUGUGGUGAUUGUUUCUCUUCCCUUCCCGUCUCCAGCUGCAGCCACACCUGCCCUCCAUGCUAUGACUGCGAAUUUUCUACUGUAUUCUGUGAAAAGACUCAAAAGUUGGUCAACAUGCAGGCCUUUGUCUUGGCUGCUAAAUACCAUUCUGUGCCAGACCUUGAAGUGUGCACCCCAUUAGAACAGAUGCUUGAAGCACUAAAUGGAAAGCAAGAAGGAAGAUCUGAGAUGAAAACAGAUGAGUUUAUGAAUGAUAAGAAAUCUCAUGAAGUUCAGGUGAUGUCACAGUUAGUAGACAGUAUUGCAGAUUUUUAUGGCAUCAAGCAGGUGAUUGACCUUGGUUCUGGAAAAGGCUACCUGAGUUCCUUUUUGUCCAUGCAAUAUAACUUAAAGGUUUAUGGAAUUGAUUCCUCAAGCACCAAUACUCAUGGAGCUAGUGAACGGAAUAGGAAAUUGAAGAAACACUGGAGAGCCUAUCAAAGUCGGGCAAGAACAGGUGUCAAAGGCCAAGUGGUGGAAGAGGCAAAGGAAGGGCCAGUGGAGGAUGAAAUGAAAUGUAAAUCAAAUAUCAAUGAAGACCUCUUAAAUGCUAACAACCAUCUUCAUGGUGAGGAUCAUCUGGCUACUUCAGCUUCAAUUCCUCUGGAAAGUACUGGAGUUUUCACAGACUCUGAAAUGUCUCAAACCAGCAAACAAACUGAACUUCAUGGAGUGGCACAGCUACAGUCUUAUAAGAACAAACUUUCUGAAAAUGCCUUUUCUAUUAUGAACAUCCUGCCUAGUGAUGCUAUAGAAGGUACUUCUUCAUCCAAAAAUAACUACCUAGAGCUCUCUGAAGAUGAAAAAGAACAAAGAAAAAUGGCCUCCAUCAAGGCCAGAGCGAGCAAGUCAAAUGAAUCAAACAUUUAUUUUCCAUUAACCUCAUAUAUCACUGCGGGAACAGAACUCUCUGACAUCAUUACAGAUCUAGAGGACUGCAUAAUGGUGGGUCUACAUACAUGUGGAGAUCUUGCUCCAAAUACACUGCGAAUUUUUAUUGCUACACCUGAAAUCAAGGCAGUUUGUAGUGUGGGCUGCUGCUACCAUCUGUUGUCAGAACAGUAUGAAAACCAAAAAGAUUGCAUGGUGGAAAUGUGGGGGUUUCCUAUGUGCCAGUAUUUAAAGGAAGAGCGCUGGUGCUGUGGUCGCAAUGCUAGAAUGUCAGCAUGCUUGGCUUUGGAACGGGUUGCAGUUGGCCAAAUGCUGCCUACAGAAUCUUUGUUUUAUCGAGCUGUUCUACAGGUUAUCAUAGAAGAAUGUUAUGGUGUCACCAAAAGCGAUCAUCAUGUUGGGAAAAUUUUCUCCAAAUCUUCCUCCUUCCUGGAUUAUGUCAGAAAGUCUCUGAAGAAGCUUGAACUGGAUGAGUCAAAGCUCCCAGACAGCCGUAUAAUGGAUUACUAUGAAAAAUACAAGCCUAGAAUGAAUGAGCUGGAAGCAUUUAAUAUGUUGAAAGUUGUUCUGGCUCCCUGUAUAGAAGUGUUGAUACUCCUGGAUCGUCUUUCUUACCUCAAAGAGCAAGACAACAUUGCCUGGUCUGGACUGGUGAAGCUAUUUGAUCCUGUGAAAUCCCCCAGAUGCUAUGCAGUUAUUGCUCUGAAGAAACAGCAGUGAUUUAAAGCUGAAGCAAAUUGUAGAUAGGUUUAAAGCUGCCAACUUGAUAUCAUUACUACCUUUUAACCUCACUUUUAUCAUUUUAAGUUAUUAUCCAAGUCCCAGGGUACUGUGUAUUCCACAAUUGUUUUGUUUUUACCUGAAAAAAUAAAGCAUUGAAUAAAUAUAUGAAUUAUUUGGAAAUAUAUCAACCACAAAGCUGCAUCAAAGACAUUUUAAAUGUCACUAUUACUUUAGCAAGGUAAAGUUAAGAAUUAAUUUUCACAGAAAAAAAAUAGGGAUAUAUAUCCUACAAUUAAAUUUCUUUUAGCAAAAUUGA